UAUCAUGGCAACUGAGUUUGCAAGCGUAACGUCACUAUAGCAACGUGAACUGCAGUCCGGCUAGUUCCCCACGAACAGUUUCCGUGAAAAGUAUUUAUCAUUAUCACAUUAAAAAUGGCUUUACCUGGAUAUUCACGCUACAAAACUGUGGGAAAAGAAAGGUUUCACAAGUCUCAGCAUUUUGAUUACUUCAAAGAUGAGCCAAUGAUGGUGGGUGCAAAGAAACCUGGCAUUGGAGGAGAAUUGCUUUUCGGCCAAACACCACGACUGAAAUACACCAAAGGAGAAGGCAGUGACGUCCCCUCCUGGAUAGAGUUUGACAAACAGGUUCUUUGCUUCGAUGCAUAUUUCCAAGAAUCUGUUACUUCGAGCAGAGAGGAAACUUACAGAAUUCGACAAUGUAAGAUUUAUUUCUACUUGGAAGACAACACCAUACAAAUUGUGGAACCAGAGUUCAGAAAUAGUGGCAUUACACAAGGAACUCUUAUUCACCGCCAACGCAUUCCUCUCCCUGCUCCUGCUGAUGACCAGUUUUACAAUUUGUACCACUUUAAUAUAAAUCAGAAAAUGGUUUUCUUCUCCAGGACCUUUACAAUAACAGACUGUGACUCUUUCACAUGUAACUUUUUGAGGAAAAUGGGUGUGCGUCUCAAUGCCCCUGUUAUAACACCACCAGACCAAUAUACAACAAUGCGUAAGGGGGUGGAGGACAGCAUGAAUCCACUGCGCCCAUUUGAGAGGCAGGAUACCUUAAAACAGUUCCUUCAGCAUGACCGCAAUGUUCUGCGCUUUUAUUGCAACUGGGAUGAUACCCAGAGCAUGUUUGGAGACCAAAGACAGUUGAUCCUACACUACUUCUUGGCAGAUGACACCAUAGAAAUAGUAGAAGUCGUAAAUGCAAACUCUGGCCGAGAUACUGCUCCUAAAUUUUUACACAGAAGCAAGCUUCCAAAGCAUGCUCCUUCUCCCAAACGUCUGCCCGGUGAAAUAACAGACCGCACUGUCCUGAAUGUAUUUGGGCCAAUGGGACAUGGGGGUCGCUACAUACUUGACAGCCUCAAAACUGGUGCUGUAAAUGAGGAGUUCUACAAAGAUUGUGACCUGAAUGUAGGAGGGGUCAUUAACGUCUGGGGCCGUAGAGUGGUGAUUUGUGACUGUGACAACUUCACCAAAGAGUACUAUCGUUCCAAAUAUGGCGUCGUGGACUUAACUCCUGUGAAGUACACGGCUCCACCACCAGCUAAAGUUAAUGUCCAGGUCCCUCCUUACAAUGGCUUUGGAUCAGAGGAGGACUCUCUUAGCUCCUGCCGUGGGCUGAUACUCAAACGCCCUAAGAAAGACUUCAGGAAGCUAAUGAAAAAAGACAGGCAAGGUCUGGUAAGCCACGAACUGAGAUUUGUGGGCAAGAUGAUUAUAGACAACCGUAUCAACAAGGACCGCACGUUCAUCAUCUCCUUCUUCCUCAGUGAUGACACUAUAGCAGUGUUUGAACCCAUCCAGAAGAACUCAGGGGUUAUUGGAGGUAAAUACCUGGAGAGAUGUCGCGUGAAGAAACCAGGACAGGAGCUCCUUAAGAGUGAGAUGUCUGAGUACUACAAAGCUCAAGACUUGUAUGUGGGAGCCAAACUCAUUAUAAACAGUCAGCCUUUUCAAUUAGUGGAUGCUGAUGAGUAUGUUUUCAACUAUAUGGAACAGCAUGCAGAAGAGUUUCCCAAGGCCAACAUUGGCACCAUUUUAAGCAAGUUAAAAUCAAUUCCUGAGGAGAAGAAAAAGGAAAUCAAACAGUUCCUGAGUUUAACUGAUUCAGGCAACACUGGAUUCAUUCCUUAUGAGUCUUUCAGGUCUCUGUUGGCAGAUAUGGAUGGUCAGCUGUCGGAGCAUGAGAUCAUAGUGUUAGCCCGUAUCUACUCGGUGAAAGAGCAGCCUGAGCUGGACAUGGGCCUCAUGCUCGCCGUCACUCAUGAUCACCUGAAGAAGAAACAGUUUGAGAGUUUCUUAGACAUGCUGCGAGUUUUCACACAUGAGGACCGAGACAGAAGUGGGCAUCUUUCCACCAAAGAAGCUAGGAUCAUCUGCAAAUCCUUCCGUUUGCCACUGGACGAUGAACUUUUGAAAGCCCUUCUGCAAAAAUUUGAGAAUGAGUCUGGGAAGAUAGACUAUCACGCUUUCCUGUCAGCAAUCAAUUGGAAAGAGAAUGCCUCCAUACCACUUCCACCAGACGCUGCUAUGAAACCAUUUUCUCUUACGCUGCCAAAGCCGACUUUAGAUGACCACACCUUAGUGGGAUACUCUGCCAUUAUCAAGGAGCUUUUGGGACAUUAAGAAGAGGAGUAGCGUCAUCUUCAGUUUCUUCAUGCCAUUGCUGCAGUGCCUUAAUAAAUGGAAACUUUGUGUAUUCCAUUAAUGUGUAUUCGCAAUCUGCAUUUUUUUUCUUAGUGUUAGUGAAGUUUACUCCUGAUACUUUGACUGUUAUCUUUAUCUACUACCAGGAAGAUCAUUGUGACCAAUAAUGACCAAUUCAAAAGUGUAUUAAUGUAAAAAAAAAAAAAAUACUGAGAUGAAUGCUAGCUUUUACACUGUUUAUAUUUUCCCACUAUUUGCAGUUUGAUCUAGACCCGAAGGGAGAGGCAGUCGUUCCUGCAGUAAAAACCAUCAACUACACUCUGUUACUGGAUGAAGCCUUUAGCAAUGUUCAAACUAACAAUAUCAGCUGAGAGGCAUGAAGUUGUCCUCUCUCUGAAAGGCACCAACAUAAACAAUUAGAACAUGGUGGUAUGUGUAUGAAUGAGAGAAUGGUUCAAAUAAAGCUUUAACUCUACCACA